AUGAGAGCUCAUAAAGAAUCACACUUGCUCAUAUGUGUUGGUUUGUUUCUGUUCUCCUUCUCGUCCUAUCUGUCUUCAACAGGUCCCCUCUAUUGUAAAUCACAGAGACAAUUUAAUCUGAAUGGAUUGCACAAGUUUGGAGACGUUAUUCUAGGAGGGAUCUUUAAGAUGAAUUUGUACACUGCAUCUUCUGAACUUUUCUUUACUUCAGGGCCACAACAUCCCAUGUGCUUUGGCUUUGAUCCUGUAGGUUUCAGACAGGCCCAGACCAUGGCCUUUGCUGUUGAGGAAAUUAAUAGAAACUCCAAGCUGCUUCCUAAUAUAUCUUUAGGAUACCAUCUAUAUGAUAGCUGUAGCAAUCUAGGGAUCUCAUUACGUGCAGCUCUGUCUAUGACCAGUGGCAGAGGUGAGCCGUUUCAAUUAAAUGAGAGCUGUAACGGGAAACCUCCUGUGCUAGGGAUUGUGGGAGACACUUCCUCAACACGUACUAUUGCCAUUUCUAGUAUAGCAAGCUUGUACAGGCUACCAUUGGUGAGUUAUUUUGCCACAUGUUCCUGUCUGAGUAACAGGAGGCUGUUCCCAUCCUUCUUUAGAACUAUUCCAAGUGAUGCCUUUCAGGUACGAGCUAUACUCCAAAUUCUCAGGCGGUUUAAUUGGACUUGGUUUGGCCUGUUGAUCAGUGACGACGACUAUGGGCUCCACGCCGCCCGAUCCUUCCAGUCAGGCCUGGCCCAAAAUGGGGGAGGCUGCCUGGCUUAUCUAGAGGUUCUGCCUUGGGGAAAAGAUGAAGAGGUGCUGAAAAGGAUUGUUGGCAUAAUGGAGAAAUCCACAUCCCGUGUGGUUAUUGCUUUUGCACAUCAAAGCAACAUGCUUCAUCUCAUGGAAGAGGUGGUAAGGCAGAAAAUGACAGGCCUACAGUGGAUUGCCAGUGAAGCCUGGACUACGGCAAUUGUUCUUCAGACCCCAAGCUACAUGCCUUUUCUUGCAGGCACUCUGGGCAUUGCCAUCCGCCGGGGGCAGAUACCAGGACUCAGGGACUUCCUACUGAGAAUACGCCCUGACAAUGACAGACAAAGCAGCCAGGACAACAAUUUAGUGAAGCAGUUUUGGGAGCAUGUAUUUCAGUGCAAGUUUAUAACCCCUGGCAUGGAGUUUGAAGGCAAGACUAAAGAAAGACUAUGUACAGGCAAUGAGAGUCUAAGGAAUAUAGAGACUGAAUUCCUGGAUCUGUCUAACCUCAGGUCAGAGUAUAAUGUGUACAAGGCAGUUUAUGCACUGGCACAUGCCCUACAUGACAUUCUGCAGUGUGUUCCAGGGAGUGGGCCUUUCCAAGGUCAAAGUUGUGCCAGUUUACAGGGACUAGAGCCAUGGCAGCUUGUAUAUCAAUUGCAAAGGGUCAAUUUCACUACAUAUUUUGGUGAUCAAGUGUCGUUUGAUGAAAGUGGGGAUGCUUUACCAAUCUACGAUGUGAUUAACUGGAUGUGGCACUCAGAUGGAAGCACAGAGGUUAAAAAUGUGGGCGAGGUCAAUGAAUUGGCUUCAAAGAUCGAUAAUCUUAAUCUUGACGAAGACAAAAUCUUUUGGAAUUUCGAACCUAAAAAGCCUCCCAAGUCAGUGUGCAGUGAGAGCUGUCCCCCUGGCACCCGCAUGGCCAGAAAGAAAGGUGAACCUGUCUGCUGCUUCGACUGCAUCCGAUGUUCAGAAGGAGAAGUCAGCAAUAAAAAAGACUCAACAAAAUGUACCAGCUGUCCAGAGGAGUUUUGGUCCAAUCGCCAACGUGAUCACUGUGUACCCAAAAGCAUGGAGUUUCUUUCUUAUUUUGAACCCCUGGGCAUAUCCUUGACCACUGCUUCAUUAUCUGGAACACUCUUAUGCACCAUUGUUUUUGGAAUCUUCACAUAUCAUCGUACCACACCAGUGGUGAGUUAUUUUGCCACAUGUUCCUGUCUGAGUAACAGGAGGCUGUUCCCAUCCUUCUUUAGAACUAUUCCAAGUGAUGCCUUUCAGGUGGUAAGGCAGAAAAUGACAGGCCUACAGUGGAUUGCCAGUGAAGCCUGGACUACGGCAAUUGUUCUUCAGACCCCCAGCUACAUGCCUUUUCUUGCAGGCACUCUGGGCAUUGCCAUCCGUCGGGGGCAGAUACCAGGACUCAUGGACUUCCUACUGAGAAUACGCCCUGACAAUGACAGACAAAGCAGCCAGGACAACAAUUUAGUGCGGCAGUUUUGGGAGCAUGUAUUUCAGUGCAAGUUUAUAACCCCUGGCAUGGAGUUUGAAGGCAAGACUAAGGAAAGACUAUGUACAGGCAAUGAGAGUCUAAGGAAUAUAGGGACUGAAUUCCUGGAUCUGUCUAACCUAAGGGCAGAGUAUAAUGUGUACAAGGCAGUUUAUGCUCUGGCACAUGCCCUACAUGACAUUCUGCAGUGUGUUCCAGGGAGUGGGCCUUUCCAAGGUCAAAGUUGUGCCAGUUUACAGGGACUAGAGCCAUGGCAGCUUGUAUAUCAAUUGCAAAGGGUCAAUUUCACUACAUAUUUUGGUGAUCAAGUGUCGUUUGAUGAAAGUGGGGAUGCUUUACCAAUCUACGAUGUGAUGAACUGGAUGUGGCACUCAGAUGGAAGCACAGAGGUUAAAAAUGUGGGCGAGGUCAAUGAAUUGGCUUCAAAGAUCGAUAAUCUUAAUCUUGACGAAGACAAAAUCUUUUGGAAUUUCGAACCUAAAAAGCCUCCCAAGUCAGUGUGCAGUGAGAGCUGUCCCCCUGGCACCCGCAUGGCCAGAAAGAAAGGUGAACCUGUCUGCUGCUUCGACUGCAUUCGAUGUUCAGAAGGAGAAGUCAGCAAUAAAAAAGACUCAACAAAAUGUACCAGCUGUCCAGAGGAGUUUUGGUCCAAUCGCCAACGUGAUCACUGUGUACCCAAAAGCAUGGAGUUUCUUUCUUAUUUUGAACCCCUGGGCAUAUCCUUGACCACUGCUUCAUUAUCUGGAACACUCUUAUGCACCAUUGUUUUUGGAAUCUUCACAUAUCAUCGUACCACACCAGUGGUUAGGGCCAACAACUCAGAGCUUAGCUUCCUCAUUCUGCUGUCACUCAAACUUUGCUUUUUGUGCUCAUUGCUUUUCAUUGGUCAACCAAGGCUGUCAACUUGUCAGUUGAGGCAAGCAGCCUUCGGGAUCAGCUUUGUUCUGUGUGUCUCAUGUAUCCUGGUGAAAACCAUGGUAGUUCUGGCGGUAUUCAAGGCCUCCAAACCAGGUGGUGCCGGUAGUCUGAAGUGGUUUGGGGUAAUGCAACAGAGAGGCACUGUUGUAUUUCUGACUUUAAUACAAGCAGCAAUUUGUACAACAUGGCUUAUUUCAUCCUCACCAACUCCUCAUAAAAACACACAGUACUACAAAGACAAGAUAAUAGUUGAGUGUGUAGUGGGGUCCACAGUAGGAUUUGGAUUAUUACUAGGGUAUAUUGGCUUACUGGCUAUUCUCAGUUUCUUACUAGCUUUCUUGGCACGGAAUCUACCAGAUAACUUCAAUGAGGCCAAGUUUAUCACCUUCAGCAUGUUGGUCUUCUGUGCUGUUUGGAUAGCCUUCAUUCCAGCUUAUAUAAACUCUCCUGGAAAAUAUGCAGAUGCUGUAGAGGUAUUUGCCAUUUUAGCUUCUAGUUUUGGGCUGUUACUGGCCUUAUUUGGACCAAAGUGUUACAUAAUAAUCUUGAAGCCUGAGAAAAACACCAAAAAAGCUAUAAUGGGACGAGGCACAACAAGAUCGUAA